AUGUACAACCUAGGCGAGGUUGAAGGCUGGGCUUACACUUUGCCUUCUCGGAAUCUAUUCAUCGAUCGACAAGACAUUGAUGGUAGCUCGUAA